CCAGCUGCCACUUGUAUCAAAGUACAUUUUUUAUUGAGACAAAUAUAUUAUUUAAUUUACAAGCAUUACAUAUUUAUAAUAUCUACACUGACGUCACCUCUUAACACAUUACGAAUUUGUUUGUUUCCAUUAAAUUCAGUUUGAAGCUUAUGCACUAAGCAGGUCCCGUUGGUGACGUUUAGUCUCCAUUAGGCACUUAGUGUGUCACACCUGUGGAGAAGGGAUUAUAAUCCUAAUGACACAGACUGUUCCAUUUCUAACGACCCUUAUAAAAAGGACCCAUGAUUAUUCCCACCACACUGUAAGAAGGAAUAGACCGAACGGACAGUAUGUUAUUCAUUCAUAUGCUUUCAAGUACAUUUAAAAUUGUUAACUGAUUUAUGUGUUGAUAAUAUCUACUAAGUGCAUGUUCAAUAGGUAAUCAUUGCAAGACAAUCCAAAACUAUAUUUGAUUUAUGAUAAAAUAUUUUGGACUAUCAAAUGUGGCUUGUAUUUUACUGCCUUUUUUUCCCAGCUUCCAUGGAUCUUAGCAGCAAAACGGUUGUGCAGGUGGUGAUGUUGGCGUUGAUAGCUCAGGUCACUUUCUCUCAGCAUUGGUCGUAUGGGUGGCUACCUGGAGGAAAGAGAAGUGUUGGGGAGCUGGAGGCCACCAUCAGGAUGAUGGACACAGGUGGUGUAAUGGCUCUUCCUGAGGAGACAGAUGCCCAUAUCCCAGAGAGAUUGAGACCAUAUGAUGUAAUGUCGAAGAAACGGAUGCCACAUAAAUAAAGAACUGUGAGAUAAUUCUUCACAAAAAGCAAGAAGACAGCGAGGAUGGAGCAUUCAAGAACAGUUCUGUCCAUUUCCAACUAAGAUCACAUUUAGAUUGAUGUAAUUUACUUGAAGUAUGAAACACUAACCUCCUGUAA